AAAGGAUACGACGAUCGCAGGCCGACUCGCCGCCGGUGUUUCCCCCACCCCUCUACCGACGCUACACCGUUGGCGAACCGUGUGCGGCUCGAGACCGGCCGUGGAAGAGGCGGGUAACGCGGCGGUGAUUGCGAGGCGACCGUGCUCGGUGGUGGCGAGGCGGACCAGUGUCCGAGACCGACCGGUAGCCUGCAGAGUACUGCGACGGGUUGUUUCGCCGUCGAUUCGUCUUCGCCGUUUCUGACGCGUAUAGUGCGCGUGCUCGUUCUUGUGCAUCAGAAUCCGUCCGCACGAUCAUUGCUAAAAAUUGUUUUAUCCGAUUGCCGUGAAACUGUGAAUUCUCGGCUGGGUCGUUCCAUUUUCCGCGCGCGAUGGGCGUCUCGGUAUACCGCGAAGUGACGAUGACUACAACCACCGCCGCCGCGACGGUCGCGUCUUCGUCGUCCGUCACCGCCACCGCCACCGCCAACAAGACGCCGUCGUCGAACGUGUUAAUGUGCCGCCAAUGGUGGAAAGUAUGUUGGAUGUAUGGAGAUCAAGAAAAAUAUUACAGACAGCUAUACGGAGCGACGAAAAAGCAAUCCGCUUCGUCUUCGGCUUUUGACGUCAACGGCAGUGGCGGCGGCGGUAGAGCCACGGUUAUGGAACUCCAGCAAAUGUCCACCGUAUCUUUUAUGCCACCUCCGCCCCGGCUCAACGAUAGACAAGUGUGCCGGAACUGUAACUGUCCACGGGACGACCACAGCAGUGGCGUCAACCACAAUAACGACCACUACCGAAAACAGCUAAAGGUCACCGAAACGGCCUCGUGUGGAGGAAGUAGUGCCGCGUCGAUAAUGUCAUCGUCGGCGGCGGCGACGGUGACCGCCGUCAAGCGGGGCACGCCUCCGCCACCAUUGCCGCCUUUACCCACGGGCCCGCCGGGUUACGACCAAGCGAUCGGUGGUUACGAGAAGCUGCUGGCCGCCACAGUAGCCGUGGGCGCGAUGGCCACGUCCACAGCGUCAGUGGCCACAGCCACCGGUCGCAAAGACCCGUUGGCUGUCGCUGCAAACCAUCACCACCACCACCACCAUCCGCACCAUUCUCAUGCAGCGGUGACGGCCACGGCGGGUGGUGGUGAUCCGCAACAGCGACACUCACACUCCGACGACGAUUCCGGGUGUGCGCUAGAAGAGUACACGUGGGUGCCCGCCGGACUCAGACCAGAUCAGGUGCACUUAUUCUUCUCUGGCGUGCCCGAAGACAAAGUGCCAUACCUUAACUCGGCGGGUGAGCGGUACCGUGUAAGGCAGCUCCUACAACAGUUACCACCACACGAUAAUGAGGUACGGUACUGUCGAGGGCUAUCGGACGAAGAACGCAAAGAGCUGAGGCUGUUCAGCGCGCAGAGGAAACGUGACGCUCUGGGACGUGGAGUGGCCAAGCAGCUGGUCGCUGACAUACCUUGUGCGAACUGUCAAGAGACCCUGCAGCCUGGCGACAUGGCAGUGACGGCGAGCAGAGUUGGGUCGGGCGCGGCUUGGCAUCCGGCGUGCUUCACGUGCCGUGUGUGCAAAGAAAUACUCGUCGACCUCAUAUAUUUCUACAAAGACGACCAUGUUUACUGUGGUCGACAUCACGCGGAAACGCUCAAACCCAGGUGUUCAGCUUGUGAUGAGAUAAUAUUGGCUGACGAGUGUACAGAAGCAGAAGGUCGUGCUUGGCACAUGAAACACUUUGCGUGCUUGGAGUGCGACAAACAGCUUGGAGGCCAGAGGUACAUCAUGAGAGACGGCCGGCCUUACUGUCUACAAUGUUUCGACGGCCUAUUUGCCGAAUACUGUGACUCUUGCGGCGAUCCUAUAAGCGUAGACCAUGGGCAAAUGAGUCACGAAGGACAACACUGGCACGCCACCGAACAGUGUUUCUGUUGUCACACGUGCAGAUCUUCGCUGUUGGGCAGACCGUUCUUGCCACGCCGUGGGGCCAUUUUCUGUUCAAUCGCCUGCAGCAAAGGUGAACCUCCAACGACAACGACAACGAUGACGACAUCGCAAAGGCCUGAAUCAGAAAUGGACGAUGCCGCUGCUGCAGUCGCGCAAACAGAGCAGACGACGCCCGCGCAAACGCUGCAACUACAACCGGUCGCCGCCGCGCCAGGCUCACCGGCCAGCGCCGGAAGACGGACCGCAUCGACAAACGGAUUCGCGUCACCCUCACCGUCACAACAAUCGGCGUGCCGGUCGCCGUUGAUGGGCCGCAGAGCGUUGCAGAAUGCCAACAACAGCAGUACAUCGUCGCCGUCGCCAACGCGCCACAUGCAACAACGGUCCGCGGGCGAUGGGGUAUUGGCGCCACACGUCGGUCGACCGAACGCCGUGGCCGCGCGCCCAUCUGAUUUGGAUGUAAGACAGCGGCGCCGGCGCAACGAUAUCGCCGUGGUCGAGUCCAGACGCGUAGUCACCGUAGUGGACAGAGACAACGGCGAUGACGUAGACGUGGCCACUGAUGACGAUGGCAGCAGUGGCAGACCACGCGGCCAUGGGUUCUCGGCCACGUCGUCAGCUGUCAUCGCGGUCGACCGAACUGACGGCGGCCGGUUAGACGACACGCUUUACGAGCUGCAACGGUUGCUGAGCAACGGAAAACUGCCGCAAAGAUUUCUGGAAAAGCUCAUCUCAGACGACGAGAUCACCGACCGACUACUAAAUGAGUUCGAAAAACUCACAACCGCCGCUGCGGCCACCGCCACGGCCGCCGCCGUAGAACCAUCGCCACCGUCCUCUUCGUCUUCAAGCCGACGGCCUGUGGUCGACCGUCGACUAACCGGCGCCACUCCGCCGUCCACCGCCAUUGUUGCGACCGCAAACGCACCACCACAGCCGCGUCGUGCUUCAUCGUCGUCGUCCACGCCUGAAACGGUGGCCACCGGUGGCAGAAGAUCCGUCCGCUUCGACGGCACCGCUUUAUCGUCUGCCGACCCACCGGCUUCCGGACGGACCAGACGUCGGCGCCGGGAAGGCCGGAACAACCGGAGUCGGAGCCGGAGCCGAAACAGCAGACCCGUUCCGCCGCCGCCACCGCCGCCGACCGGUAACGACGACGGCGAUGACUCGUCCGCCGAACACGGUUGCUGUUCUACGUGCUCAUCGAGUUCAGGCAGCGAGCUCGACGACCUGUCUGUGUACCGGUUACCGGCUCGCCGGCCGUACGGCCCCGGAGCAGGCGCCGCAGCCAGGAUCUCUUACGUGCCUAACGACGCCAUAGCGUACGCCAAGCAGCAGGCCACUGCCCACCGGUCGCCCGGCAGGAGAACAGCGGCCGCUGGCCAGUCGCCACAGCACCUACAGCAGCAACAGCAGUCAGUGGAUGACAAGAACUGCGUCAUACAAUAGUGAUAUAUAUGCAAAUAUGCAGUACAAUAUGCUACGUUAAUGUGAUCUAUAUAAAAACGAUAAUUGACUGCUGUAAAGCAAUGGGGGACGAACGAAACUAUAAGUUGAUGGGUUCUUAGGAAUACCAGUUAUUGUUCAAUACCGAAAUAAUACCAUGUACUAUAUAAUGUAUGAGUUAAUGCCGUUGACGGUUUUUUCGGUAUGUACCGCGUCAACCCUGAGUCACACUAUUAGGGUCUAAGCGCCACCCAUAUGUCAUGGCAUUGAUAUUAUAAUUAUCUCUUUCGAACAUAAACGAAUUCUUGUGUCAAAAAGUUAAUAAGAAUAAUAGUAGGUCGUCCCUUGACCAAUAAGCUAUAGGUACAAGGCGCAGGUCUGGAAUUCACUUCACAAUGUCACUAGCGUACUCCUAUUUAAUAUAAUAUAAUCGGAUGUAACAUUUGUAUUUAUCAUGCUGUACAUGUAUAAUGUAUACAGUAUACCCAAUGAGUUAAUUUUUUUUUUUGAGGGGGAGGGGUAGAAUUUGGAAAAAAUACAUUAGUACCCUCUUGUUAAAAUAUAUGGGACUAGUUCCCAUUUGCCCCCUUAAUUACGCCUAUACACGUGUGUCUUCCACGAUAGUGUUAUGUAUAUAUUAAAUGUUAUGUGUAUAUUGUAAUCGUAUAAAUUAUAGACAAAAGUUUGUUAUAUACAUUUAUAUUAUGUUUAAUUGACGUAUUGUAUACUCCACUCGUGUAUAAUAUUGAUAAGUGAUAACAUUAAAAAAUUGUAGGUACUUGCCUAAUUUUUUUGUUCGAACAGAUUUGUGAAUAAUAAAAUAAAUUAUUUAUGUUUGAAAAAACAAUAAAUGAAUAUGUUUUUUUUUU